GCUCCCCUCGCAUUGUCUCUCUCGUCAUAGGAAUCUCCGCUCCAGGUGGGACUGAUGGACGCCCUCUCGUGCUCUCGCCACGUGAUCACCAACCCCCACGAAGUCAAACUCGCCGUCCCUCGCCCCCACCACCGCCACCACCGCGGCCUCGCGUAUCAUCAUGCCAAGGGCGAGAGACCCGGCGGAGCUUUUCUGGGCUGUCGCGGAAAUGGACGCGGGGUGGUUGCUCCGAGCGUCGUCAAGAACCAGAGUCAACGGGACCACGGGAUCGACUUCAGCGACCCCGAUUGGAAGCCCAAGUUCCAGAGGGACUUCGAGAGCCGAUUCAAUCUCCCACAUUUGAAGGACAUUUUCCGCGAUGCUGUCCCCAUACCCUCCACUUUCUGCCUCAGGAUGAGGACACCAACAGAGGAUUUUGCAGAUGGGUACCCGUCAGAUGAGAAGUGGCAUGGAUACAUCAACAAUAGCGACAGGGUUCUUCUUAAGGUUAUACAUUAUUCAUCUACUACAUCUGCUGGCGCAGAGUGCAUUGACCCUGACUGUACUUGGGUGGAACAAUGGGUUCAUCGUGCUGGACCUCGAGCAGAAAUAUAUUUUAGGCCAGAAGAAGUGAAGGCAGCCAUUGUUACUUGUGGAGGACUUUGCCCUGGUCUAAAUGAUGUCAUCAGACAGAUUGUCAUCACUCUAGAAAUAUACGGAGUGAAAGAGAUUGUUGGCAUACCUUUUGGUUAUCGUGGUUUUUCUGAUGAAGGAUUGUCUGAAAUGCCGCUGUCAAGGAAAGUUGUUCAGAAUGUUCAUCUAUCUGGUGGAAGCUUGUUAGGAGUUUCACGUGGAGGACCCAGUAUUACCGAAAUUGUGGACACUAUGGAGAAAAGAGGAAUCAACAUGCUUUUUGUCUUGGGUGGGAAUGGUACACAUGCUGGGGCAAAUGCUAUCCACAAUGAGUGUCGUAAAAGACGUUUCAAGGUGGCUGUAGUGGGUGUCCCAAAAACUAUUGACAACGACAUAUUGCUGAUGGAUAAAACUUUUGGUUUUGACACUGCUGUUGAAGAAGCACAGCGUGCUAUAAAUUCUGCAUACAUCGAGGCGCACAGCGCAUACCAUGGGAUUGGCGUUGUGAAGUUGAUGGGACGUAGCAGUGGUUUUAUAGCCAUGCAUGCAUCUCUUGCCAGUGGACAAAUCGACAUAUGUUUAAUUCCAGAGGUACCAUUUCACUUGCAUGGCCCUCAUGGUGUUUUAAGGCAUCUUAAAUAUUUGAUUGAGACAAAGGGAUCAGCUGUUGUCUGUGUAGCAGAGGGAGCUGGGCAGAAUUUUCUUGAGAAAACUAAUGCCAAGGAUGCAUCUGGAAAUAUUGUACUGGGUGAUAUCGGUGUGCAUAUUCAACAGGAGAUAAAGAAGUACUUUAGAGAAAUUGGUGUUCCUGCUGAUGCGAAGUAUAUAGAUCCCACAUACAUGAUCCGUGCGUGCCGUGCAAACGCAUCGGAUGGGAUUCUCUGUACCGUUCUAGGACAAAAUGCUGUCCAUGGGGCAUUUGCUGGAUACAGUGGAAUUACAGUAGGCAUAUGCAACACUCACUAUGUCUACUUCCCCAUGCCAGAAGUCAUUCAGUAUGCUAGGGCUGUGGAUCCAAACAGCAGAAUGUGGCAUCGGUGCUUGACCUCGACGGGUCAACCUGACUUUGUUUAAAGAGACUUCCUCUGAUGGCAAUCAGCAGGUAUUUUUUUAAUGGACGCAAAGAACGGAGAGUUGAUUAACCAAGAUUCUCUUUGGCUUGCUCAUUUUGUUCAGAAGAAAUAAAGGAUAAAAAGGAUGGCCAUUCAUCAAUUUCUUUAACUUUAUAGAAGAAGACAGGUUAGUACACCAAAUUGAGAAUAAUACUGAGAGGAACUGCAGAUCAACAAUCUUCCGAUGAUCUGUAAACGAAUUUCAUUCAGAACACUCAUGUCGUUCGAGUACAAUACUAGAUCAUAUGUAUUAUGUGUUUCAUCGAUUUCAAGGUAGACUUGAUUUAUGGAA